CAGCGGGGGUGGGGGCGGCGGGGGAUCAGCGAGGAGGAGCGCCGCCGUCGCCGUUGAGGGCGAGGGCUUCUGCGGGAGUGGGUUCAUCGGGCGCUGCCGGCGGGGUGACCUCACUGGGCUCCGCCGGCGGCGCGGGGCGUUACGGAUCGCGAGUGGGCGAGAGCCCAAUGCGCGCCUCAGUCGCUUCCGACGGCGCCGCCGCGCGCGGAAUGGCGCAUCAAGAUCUGCUUAAAGGCGGCGCCGCGGGGGCGGCCGAGCGACUGGCGAGCGACUUCGCUCGGCUUCAGGGGCCCUCGGGCGCCGCGGCGGCGGGGCUUGUACGGCAGGGCGGUGCUAGUAACGCUGCAUUGCCGUACGUACUCGCGAAUGGGCGAGUGAAGAUGCGGUGAUGUGGGGUGAGGCGUGGUUAGGCGGCCGUGGCUGUGGCAGCCGUUGCCGUUCAUCGUCACGGCACCGACGGCUGUAGCAGCGGCCAUAGCAGCAGCGGCAACAGCGGCAGUAAGCGGUGGGAAGGCAGAAGCGAUGGGGAGUAGCGAAGCAGCGAGGGAAUCGUCUGACCAGCUGCACAACAACUCCAUUUCUCCCAAGCGCUCUCACGCUCGUCAUUCUUUUACACAUCCGCCUCUUUAAGGCACAUGGAGGCAAGGGACGUCACCAGCUGGGUUGGCGUGACGCGCUCGCAUUCCUCCUGUUGGCGAAGAGACGCCUGCUGCUUGCUCCUGAACGUGGUCAUUGUUGUACUUGGUGACGAUAACAAGGCAGGGGUGAAGGCAAAGGCCGUGUAUAGAAGACACACCAGGAGCUGCGAGGCGAGCCGUCUCUGUGUGCGCAAAGUGUGUGCGCAUCUUCUGUGCGACUUUCUUUGGAGAAGAAAAACUAUAAAGAGGGAGCAAGCAAAGGGAAGGUGCGCCCCGGGCAUCCGGGAAGUCCGGUGUAUGCCCGCAUGCUUUACGCAUCUGGGCAGAGAAAUAGCUUUGAAAGGUUGUUUCGUUGCACCGGAGGUGUGCUGGAGGUUGAAGUGGAGUUGUCUCGGGGUGGUGGUGGUGGUGGGGGUCUUGUUUAGCUGAGAUUGCUGUAGGUGUGAAGGACGCAGCCAGCAGUUGGUAGUUGGGUAGGCCGUACGGUGGCCGGCAUUAGGGCGUAUGUGCUGAUAUGAUUGUCGGUAGCGAUAUGGAGGGACAUUGGUUUUCGCCUUCAGUUGCGGUAUUUUGUGCUGCUGUUGCUGCUGCUGCUGCUGCAAAAGCUAUAAUUGAUAUACAAUACAUAUGUAGUUGGGUAAAAAGGUUGGAGAUUUAAAUUACAACGAUACAGCACUUACUGCUUACUCAACAUCAGUGCGGUUGUGCUGCUGCCAACCGUACAGAAUUGCUUGUGUGGGCGUGUGUGCUGCUUUGAGUUUAUACCACAACGCGUUGUGAGGAGAUUGAAGAGCGAAGAACAAAGAAAAGACGGAAAGGCUGUGUCAUAUCCCCCUGAUGCUUUUGCCCCGUGCCCGCGUGUGCCGUACGCCUAUCUUUUGGUCUGUUGUUCGCCGGCCUGCAAUCCCUGCAAGGAAUAUAAUCACCUCGACACCUGAGUCACACCUGGCGCGCAGUAUUACGAAAAACAAGUUGUAUUACGCUGUGUUUUGCCGUACUUUUUUAAAGUUAUGCCGUACGUCGAAGUGUGUUGCUGUCCCCUUGGGGUGGUCUUCUCGAUGUAUCCAAUGUUAUGCGCCCAACCAACGCCCCAACAACCCACGAAGGGCGCGGCCAUGACACUUGGCGCAUGGACGUCGGCGCGUGUGUCAUCCCAGUGCUGGUGGUAGUAAAAAGGCACAAACGUGCCCUGUUGCCGUGCACAGGGAGCGCGGCGUUUGUGCGCGCUAACCAACCCGAUCGUGCUGGCCGUGUACCGGUAUGUCCAAGAUAAUGGCGGCGCCUCUUUUUUAGUAUAUCCGGUCAUCUGCCCCCCGUCAAUCGAAGCACCUGCUUGUGACAGGGCUUGCCGGCUGUGUUUUGGGUUGAUGUGGUUUACGUGUGGGGGGUGGGGGGUGUACGUAACGGCGUGGUGAGAAGCCACACGGAGAGAGUGUGGGGAAGCAUUGGACCUUGAGCGUUGCCUUUCCUCGUGUGUAGGGUAGCUUCAGAGACGAAAACGAAUGUGCAUCUCGCCCAGUCCGCAUUUGCUGGUGGACAACAAAAAGAAAUUGGCAUCUUUGUUGGGGGCUGUACGAUGGUUAUUGUUGAGCAAGUCGUUGAGCAGAAACGUGGGUGGUGUCUAGGUGCUUGGUCUAGUACCCGUGGGUUAUUCCUCCUUGCGCUUCUUGGCUUGUACUAUGUGUUCUCAGCUCUCGUUUUGGCAAACACGUAAGCAGGCUGCUCCCCUGCGAGUCAAGACGCUCCAUAACUAUUUAACAAUGUAAUGCUCGGUGCUCUUG